AUGAAAGAGAAGGAAUUCCUUCAAAAAAUCGGGACCGUCACUGUGGCUUCGUACAGGAGAAGACAUCAGCUUGCGGAGGAGGUGCCAGGACUCUACAUUCGGCGCCUCACGCUUGAGGACCCCAGGAGCGCGAGGGAACCCUCGAGUUCAAGGUCACAGUCUCCGGCACGCCAUAUCUGUCAUCCUACCACCGGUUACGUGCCCUCCUCCAGGAGAUCCUCGAGUUAUAGGUCGUGGCUGGAAAGGAUCCGGAAGGAGAGGCCACCUUUCCUGACGAUCGUCUCUCUGGAGCUUCCAGAGUCUUCGAUUCCUUUGAUCGAAUCACAGGCAAGUGCACGGGCCAAGGUCGUCGAAACCAAGGACGACAUUCUGGACGAACUCCUGGAUAAGGUCACGCCGAACGACGCAGGGACGAAGUCGGAGCUGGAAGGAAGGAAGAGAUCGUCGAGGAAGUCUCGACGCAGAAGAGGCAAAGAGUUCCUGGAAUGCACGAAAGGAGCUCCAACCCUCGAAGAAUGCACGAAGAACAUCGUCCAAGGUCCGAGCCGUGCACGAUUAUCGAACCUGGAUCUCCAAGACGUCACCAAGUGCAUCUGUGCCGAGAUAUCCGGAAACGUUCGCGUCGAUAUCGACUCGGAGGUAGAGGCUGAUCACGAAUCGCGAUCCUCCAGCCCGGAAAUGACUCACACCAUACGGAUCGCGAUGAAGCAGCACGAUCGUACGGGCUGCAGGAUCGACGACGGCGUAGAAACGGAAGGAAACGGAAGAUCGAGGCCGGAAACGGACCGGAGAAACGUCCAGGCGAGGAAGGAGACAACCAAGGAGGACGGAGCUUGCAACGGUGUGAACGACGCCUUAGAUUUCACGUUGAAUUGCAGCAGCGUGCGACUGACGUGCCGUGACACGAGCCUCAGGACGGGGACACCCGGUGAAAAGCAACAGAGACCGGAAACGCGGAAUUAAUCUGCGCUGGUUUUGUCCGCGAAUCGUUCAAAUUUCAUGCCCAGACAAUGCAAGGUCGUUAAUUGUUCCGCUGAUUCAAAGAAAAAUAUUUCUGUUUCAAGCGAUGAAACAAUGUUGAAAAACUGUCGCUCCGGAGGAAAGUUAAUUGAGAAACAUCUUAUGUAACAGUAGUUUUCAUCUUGCAUUUAGACCAAUAGUUUCCAAUCGGUGUGAACGUUACUUGAGUAGUAGGGAAUUUUUACUUUUGUAUUUUUAAUUAUUUGUUCUUCUUAAUCCAAGACAAAAAUGUUUCUGCUACGGGAGGACCUUGUAACGAAGAAAGCAUUUCUUGUUGUGAAGAGAGCUAUUAUGGGGAUGGAAAGUUUUAUUUUAGAAAGUUUUACAUUGGGAAAAGUGUUCAAGGUUCUUUAAGUUUUAACGGUAUUUUUCUUUUAGACGGUGGUUGUAAUCUUUGGAGAAUGAAAAAUUUUAAAUUUUGGAUUUUAAACAGGUUUCUAAGUUUUCAUACUAUUGCUUGAUGAAGUUGAAUAAUGCGCUGUUUAUUGGGAAUCCAUAUAUCACAUAGGAUGUGCUUAAUUCGUAAUAAUCUCGAGGUCGGAAGUUCAUAAACGCUAUUUAUCACGUAAUUCAAAUGUUGCAAAUAAAUCUUUGAUCGGUAUAAAUGUUUAAAAGCGAGAAAAUCCGGACGUUUGACGUUUCUUAGAAUCGAAGAUAUAUUAAGACGAUGCAAUUGUUCGUGUAGCAUCGCGAAAGACGUAUAUAAAUUCUUGGAUAUUACAGAAAUCAGAGAAAACGUGGAUCAG